AUGCCAGCCGUCCGCCGCUAUGAGUUUGGAGUCUCGCUGUACGGCGAGCCGGUCGGCCGGGCGGCGAUCAACGUGGAGUGCAGUAGAGCCGACGGCUUCCAGGAGGUCGAGAAUGCGCUCUCGCGCCUCCACAAUGCAUGCCACGAUGCAGUGUCGAGCAUGCAGCUGAGAAGCUUCCUCAGGCUCGUCUGCAUCUCAACGACGCCCGGGCCGCUCAAGGAGUGGCUCGGAGAGGAAGCGUACGAGCAGGCACUGCUGGUCGCGAUGCUGGCCGGCAUGCUUGCUCCCUUGGCAGCAGGGCAAGGCCUCACGGCGAUGGCGCAGGUGAGGGUCCGAGCUCUCGCCCUGGAGAAGCUCCGCGCGGGCGACGGCAGCUGGGUUCUGCCGGUCACGACUGCAGCUCUCGCGGCCACCUGCCUGGCAGCCGAUCACGAGGUUCUGGUCGAGAUUGUGAGCGCCAGGCCACCGGUCGAAGAGAGCGAGGCUGCGGUGCAGAGCACGCUACUAAUGGUGCUGGGGGAGGUGCGCAAGAGAUCCGAUGACACCUGCAGUCGCCUCGCAAUGGUGCACCCAGUGCUGCUCGCGCUCCUUCAGAGCAACACGGCCAGCUGCUCCGAACUCGUCGAGUCUGUGGCGGAGGCUGGCGAGCUGCAGCUUCGCGCAAAGUGCGAGGUGGAUGCCGACUCGCACCUGCGCCGCAGCUGCGACCAGUUCCGGCGGCUUCGCGACGGGAUAGAGAGCAUCAACAAGGUGGCCGUCACGGAGGGCGACCCACUCCAGGAGUUGGACCUUGACAAGGCGACCAACAAGCCCCCAGCGUCGGAUCCAGACAAGCCGCCAACAGUGGCUCGCGCCACCUGCGAUUCGCCUCCUGUCGCGGUGGUGCCGGCGGUGGCGCGGCUGCUCAAGACGCCGACCAAGAGGUCGAGCCCAGCCUCGAGCGGCGACCAGCGGCCCAAGCUACACGCGUGCACCGCCUGUCAAAAGGCGAGGACCGCAUGCACCGACGAGCGACCGUGCCCUCGCUGCACUCGGCUCGGCCUGCUGUGCGAGGGGACCGCCAAGCCGAUGCGCCGCGCCUGUGCGCAUUGCAAGCGGGCCAAGGUGCGGUGCAACCUCAACGAUGCCAGUCCCUGUGAGCGCUGCGUGCGCCUCGGACUCGACUGCUCUGCGCGCCCCCCUCCAAAGAGGCCACGCGAUGAGGGCCCAAAGCCCGACCCCCUUCCCGCGGACUCGGGUCUGGGCCUGGCCGCCUCCGGCGUCUUCUCCGUGGGCGUGGACGAGGCGGAGCUGAGCCCGAUCUCGCUGGCGACGCUGCCGGGCGGCGAGGACUUUGCUGACCUCCUGUUUAAGGUUGACGAUUUCGACUUUGACGGCGCCGACGGCAUGGUUGAGCUUCUCUGCACUCUGGCAUGGUGA